CACUUCAACCAAAAAAUUUCGGCCCCGAAACAAGCCCCAAAUUCCCCCUUCAUGGCACCUCUUACUUUCCUUUUCUUCUUAAUCUCGUCUCUCUUCCUAUCUUCACAAGCUAAUCUUCAUCUUGAGCCAUCAAGAGCCCAAGAUGAAUCCUUCACGUCAAUACUUGUAUCUCAACUGGGCCUUGAUUUCAUCAAGGAUUUGCUCAUCAACAAAGCAAUCACUUCCAUCAUCCCUUUGCAACUGCCUGCCACGAUUGAAAAAUCUGCCAGGAUCCCAUUUCUGGGAAAUGUUCAUAUGCUUAUCUCCAAUGUUACUAUUUACAAAAUCGAUGUUUUGUUGUCUUAUGUUAAGCCUGGGAAUACUGGGAUUGUAAUUGUUGCUUCUGGGACUACUUGUAACUUGACCAUGAAUUGGCAUUAUUCUUAUAGUUCUUGGCUUGUUCCCAUUGAGAUUUCUGAUGGAGGAAGGGCUUCUGUUCAGGUUGAAGGCAUGGAAGUGGGGCUUACAUUAGGCUUGGAGAACCAUGAAGGAACUUUGAAGCUGUCCCUCAUGGACAGUGGUUGUUAUGUGAAAGAAAUCACCAUAACAUUGGAUGGAGGAGCUUCUUGGCUUUAUCAAGGGAUGAUUAAUGCAUUUGAGGAGCAAAUAGGAUCUGCAGUUGAAAAUGCUAUUACCAAUAAACUUAAAGAUGGAAUCUUAAAGCUUGAUUCAUUUCUCCAAUCUCUUCCAAAAGAAAUUCCUGUGGAUGAUAAUGCUUCUUUGAAUGUGUCUUUUGUGGCAAAUCCUCUAUUGAGCAAUUCUUCCAUUGAAUUUGACAUUAAUGGGUUAUUCAUAGCAACGAAAAAGGUUCCUGUUCCUAAGCACUAUCCAAAGACCCAGCAACCUUCAGUUAUCUGCAUUGACCAGUCUAAAAUGCUUGGAAUUUCAUUAGAUGGAGCUGUAUUCAACUCUGCUUCAGCGUUAUACUAUGAUGCAGAAUUUAUGGAAUGGAUUGUGGAUAAAGUGCCAGAUCAGGCUCUUUUAAAUACUGCUGAAUGGAGAUUUAUCAUUCCCCAACUGUACAAGAAAUACCCAAAUGAUGAUAUGAAUCUGAACAUUUCUCUGUCUUCUCCACCAGUCAUAAGGAUUUCUGAGCAUAAUAUUGGUGCUACCAUUUAUGCAGACGUGAUAAUGGACGUGGUUGAUGCUGGUCAAGUAAUACCCGUUGCAUGCAUUUCAUUAGAGAUCCGCGGCUCAGGUUCAGUUAAAAUCGUGGGGAAUAACCUUGGUGGCAGUGUGAAGUUGGAUGAGUUGGCAAUGUCAUUGAAGUGGAGCCAAAUUGGCAAUCUUCGAAUGUAUCUGAUACAGCCGGUGAUGUGGACACUUGUUCAAACUGUUGUGAUACCAUAUGCCAAUUCGUACCUUGGAAAGGGUUUUCCUUUGCCCAUCAUUCAUGGUUUCACCCUUGAGAAUGCGGAAAUUAUUUUCUCUAGUUCAAAAGUCACAGUGUGCAGUGAUGUGUCAUAUUCAGAAUCAGACAGUCUUAAUCAGCUCUGAAUCCAUUUCGAAUAGAUUAUCCAUUUAUUUGUUCAUAUUAUGCAACCCUGAGAUGCCCUCAAAAUGGUUACAGGGGAGGAAAGAAAUUGUCAAUUUCCCACUGUUGUAGCGUUCUACUUCGAAUGCAACUGUCCGGGAACAGAAUCCACAAAAUGUGAUAAAGCUUGUUCAAUGUACAAAGGCACAGCUCAAUAUGUAUCAGAUUUCUUUGAUAAUUUGCAGAUCAUAAGCCAACAUUGGUUAUUGUUUGUAUUAUAUGUACAUAUUAAUCAAAUGAAUUCAGGAACAUUGGCUGGUA